AUGUCUUCAACAUCGUUAACUGCGCCUGUUGAUAAAGGCUCUAAAGGUGGAAUUAUUGGUGCCAGCACUUUACCAUUGGUUUCAGUAUGUUGUAUUGGCUUAUUACUCUUGUUGCUUGCCUCGACCAUCGUCUUGGCUCUUAUUCCAAUCUAUUUGGGAACUAAAGAUUUAUCAAAUCUUAGCACCACUUCGACACAAUAUCUAACUUUAAAUCCAUCACCAAGCGUUCCAGCCUUAGGUGAUACAUCAGCAGCUGACUGUGCUACUAUCGCAGACGCAAUGAGUAGUGCAGUUGGUUCACCAGGCUCACUGACUCCAAGUCAAUGCACAUUUGCUACGACACCAGGCAGACGUCGACGAGCUUGGCCAAUGAGUCGCACUCGUCGUCAGGGUGGAGCGCUUCUCUUUAUAAAAAUUGUCAUUAACUUGCUCAGAUGCCCACGUUGUCGUAAAAGAUCAAAUCUUGCAAAAUGGAAGGGAGUAAGCUUCUCGGUGUCAUUCUUUUUCUUUGGCCCUCGAACCUGUAGUUUCACAAUUGCAAGUAUUGGCUCCUCAAGCGUAUUUAACCGUCUAACCACCGAGACUUCGUCAACAACAACUACAACGACUUCAACAAAUGCCGCUACUUCUGCUAAUCCAAGUGGUUAA